AGCUAUUUCAGCUAUCUGCCCAUCGCGAGGGGAACGCUCGCGCCGCACCCGUCGGUGCAUGGAAGAGUGAGGCGUAGCCGAGUUGUUCGAUUCAUCGGGCGCAGGGGCCGCUUGCGCUGGUGGCCUUCGGCCGCCGCCCGCCUGCGGAUGGAGGGCGCGCUGAGCUCCCUGCGCGCGGGCAAGCUGGAGGGAGUGCUGCGAGCGCCUACCUUCUACGUGGAGACCGAGAGGCAAAGCAGUACCCUGGCCACGUUCCAGCGAAGAGAGGAGCUGGUACUAGACGUGAUCCACAGGAACAAGAUUCUGUGCUUCCAUGCGAAGGAGUACCAGAAGCAGCAUCCAGACAAGGCCAAGCGGAAAAUCCGGGACGCGGACGUGACGAUGGAGUCGCCCAUGAUCCUGGGAGUGGCCGACGGUGUCUCGCAGAUCGAGGAUUUCGGCAUCGAUGCCUCCGAGCUACCGAAGGAGCUGCUCCACACCUGUCAGCAUCUGGGUGCCACCAAGCUCGAUCCGGCGAGCUCCACGUUUCUGCCACAAGACAGGUACCGUGGCCCCAUCCCGCUGUUGAGAGAGGCAUUCGAGUUGACUGAGAGCCUUGGCUCAACAACUGCGGUGCUCGCGUUGCUGGACAACAGCACCAAGAUUCACGGCAAGCCGCAUCCCAUGAUCGCGGUCAUAACCGUGGGCGACUGUCAGCUGAUCAUGCUGCGCAGAACACAGGUCCCGGUUUCGGAAUCGAGGUUCGAGGAGGUCUUCAAGACCGAGAUGCAGCGCAUCGAUGGCCACGUGCAGACCCCGUUGCAGAUAGCCCGAAUUGGCAAGGAUGUUGACCCAAACUUCCACGACGGCAUCACUGUGGAGGUGAUCGAAAGGGGAAGUGGGGUGCAUUGCGUCUCGGCCUACGAGGGGGACUUGGUGGUCAUGGGCAGCGACGGGGUUUUCGACAAUCUCUUCCCCGAUGAGGUAAGGGACAUCUGCAACAGCAUCCUCCCUCCUGGAACGCUGGUGCCGACGCCCGAGGACAAGAUGAGGGAGCUCGCCGAGACGAUCGUUCUGGCAGCGCACGAGAAGACCUACCUUGGGCCCGAUGGCAGGACCAGGGACACUCCGAUUGGACGUGGAGGGAAGGUCGACGACACGGCCGUUGUCGUCGGAGAGG